AUGAAAUGGCUGCAAGCAAUUGUGAAGGCGAGCUUUCGAAGGAUUCAAGCGUCGAACCGGGAACUCUACCCGACUGUCCUGUCUGGCUGCCUUGGCUGCACGAGCCGGGCAUUACUGAAAACCGGCUUCCACGCCCUAGGGACGGCUGCUAGUUGGAACGACAUACCCACCCAGCCUCUGUUGUCGCUGUUGCUGUGUGAGCUGGGCGAGGUGUGUCAAAGGGAAUUAGGCAAACUGUCAAUAAAACGUCAGGACGAGCAGCUGACGCAAUGGCAGUGUUAA